AUGACAGAUAUUAAAGCACCAAGUUACUCAAGCUUUGAGGAUUGCAUAACUCCUUUCAAGAGUGCAAGACUUGGAACCCAUCACCUGAGGCGUAUCCGAGAUUGCCUCUCGUCUGAGCAUGCAGCUUGCUUCAAGUUUGAAAACUUCAACGCCGUGCAGGCGGAGUGCUGGAAGGAACUCUACCUGGGUCAUGGCAACAUGGUUGUGACUGCUCCAACGGGCGCGGGCAAGACUGUGCUCUUUGAAUUGGCCAUACUGGGGAUGUUUCGAACUUCCGACAAGGCCAAAGCUUUGUACCUGGCUCCUUUGAAGGCACUAUGUCAAGAAAAGGUGCGCGAAUGGAAACAAAGCUUCGGAGAGCUUGGAGAGGAAGUUGUGGAGCUCACUGGGGACGAGGACUUCCGAGCACUAAAGGGCCGAGGCACCUCGCGAUUGGCCAAAGCACGGGUCAUCGUUGCAACACCAGAGAUGUGGGAUGCGUUGAUGCGACAGGCCGGGAGAUCUCAAGGAUUUGGCAUCGUGGAGGACCUUCAACUGGUGUGUUUGGACGAGGUACAUAUGCUGAACAUGCCCAAGAGAGGUGCAUUGCUGGAAGCAGUCAUCGCAAGGCUUCAAGCGUUGAGAAAUGGUGGCUACGGCGUGAAGCCUCGCUUCGUGGCGGUAUCAGCCACAGUGCCCAAUGGCUCCGAUGUGGCCAAAUGGCUUCAAGAUGAUCGUGGUGAUGGUGCUCUGAAGACCUUUGGGAUGGACUUCAGACCGGUUCCUUUGGCCAUCCAUGUGCAGACCUACAAAAGCGCGAAGAAUGAGUUUGUGUUCCAAGAAGCUUUGAAUCAUCAUUUGUCACCCAUCAUUCGGCAGUUCUCCGAUGGCAAGGCCACCCUAGUCUUUUGUGUGACCAAGCGUGCAUGCGAAACGGCGGCCAAGUCCCUACAACAGGAAGGCUCAGGGCAAGGUCCGGGAUGGUUGGAUCCUCAUCUUCAGUUGUUGUUGAAAGAGAAAGCCAUGUCCUUGACGGAUUCGACUUUGAGAAGCCUCGUACCAAAUGGCCUGGCAUAUCAUCAUGCAGGCCUCAAUGCGACAGAUCGACAGAUUGUGGAACAGCUGUUCCUUCAAUCCGCCAUUGUGGUGCUCUUUUGCACUCAGACUUUGGCUUUGGGCGUGAACCUCCCUGCACGGCUGGUGAUUGUGAAAGGCACCACUGCCUACAAGGAUCAUGGCUGGGAGGAGUAUGAUGAGUUGGAGAUGUUGCAAAUCAUGGGCCGUGCAGGGAGACCGCAGUUUGACCGUCAGGGUGUUGCGGUGAUCAUGACAGAGACCGGCAACGCGGGUCGGUGGCAGCAGAUCAUGGCAGGUCGGCCACUGGAAAGCAGGCUGCCUGGAAACUUGACAGAGGCAUUGCUUGCUGAAGUGGUAGCUCAGACAACACCAAACAUUCAGAGCCUCUCCACUUGGUUGAAAAGUACUUUCUUAGCAGUGCGAUGUGCAAGAGAUCCAGGUCACUAUGCAACUCUGUGUCCAGUUUUCAUCAACGGUGUCCAUCCUUUGCUCUCAAGUGACGGGCCAGAUCUGGAGCAGUUUCUCCGUGCCCUUAGCCAGCAGGAGUUGGAGAAGUUGGUGACUGCAGGGCUGAUCACUUGUGACGGGGCGGAGCUUCAAGCCACGGCUCUUGGUGAAGUUGCCAGUCGUUUUUCCGUGCGCUAUGAUACCAUUCGUUGGCUUCAGCAAGCACCGGCACCGGCAGAUCUCAAGGAGCUUCUGUGGCUCAUCGCCCAAAGCGCCGAUUUUGCGGAGUACCGACCCAGGCAUGGGGAGAAGACCCAGCUGAGGGAUUUGGCGAAGAAGGACGCGGUACGCUGGCCUUUGGCAGGCCCUGUGGAUUCUGCAGCCAAGAAGGUCUUGGUGUUGCUGAUGCUGGCCCUAGCUGACUCACCGCGUUCGCAGCUGUCCUGGGAGUUGAAAUCACAGCAGUCGCAGGUGCUUCGACGCGCUGAGCCCUUGUUGCGGGUAGUUUCGGAGCUCUUUGAAACUCGGAAAGAAGGACGUGCUUUGGCAGCUUGCGUGUUGAUGCGAAACUGUUUGCGCAAGCAGAUCUGGGAGAACAGCACCAUGCUGGUGCGACAGCUUCCAAACAUUGGAGAUGUGGGAGCUGUGGCCCUAAAGGAGCGCCAGCUGUCGUCCCUUGAGGCCCUCGAGUCUGGAGACCCUCGUGUGAUUGAGAUCGCUUUGGGACGGCGUCCUCCCUUUGGCAGUACCCUGCAGAAGAAGCUGAGGUCGGUGCCUCGCAUCAAGCUGCGCUUGUGCCCCCAGGGAACUGAUGGCACUAUCUCCAUCGACUGUGGUGGAUCACCGCUGAACUGCAACGAAUCCCAGCUGGGCACAGGUUUUGUGCAUUGCCUGGCCUAUGGGGCACCAGGUGGUCAGUUGUUGCUACAUCGACGUUUUCCAGCUCGGAAUCCUCAGGGUUUGUUGUUGAACUUGCAGAACAGCACUGGACUAGUGGUUCAUUUGAUCUACGAGGAUCUCAUUGGUUUUGACGACUUUCAGAUCCUUGGAGAUGUGCGCAUGGAUCGCAUGGCGGUUGGCCCAUCUGUGGCAUCCCAGAGCUCAACACCAGGUGGGAAGGCCAAGCGACAGAAAGUGGAGAAGCUCAGUGGUCAUGAAGCUACAGUGGCCCUGGCGCGGGCGAGACAAGGCGCCCAGAUUCAGACGCUGGCAUCUUCUGCCUCACCUGUGAGAGCCAUGUCCUCGCAGACAGCUCCAAGCUUUGAAGGUCGAGCGGGUCGAGCGGGUCGAGCUGAUGGAUUUGCUGCGCCUGACUUUCAAUCACGGGAAAUUCCCGUUGCCCCAGCACCCAUGAUGCUGAUGCAGCCGGUGCAGCCUAUGCAGCCCGUGCAACCCAUGCAGGCCGUGCAACUUAUGCAGCCCGUGCAAUCCAUGCAGCCGAUGCAGCCAUCAUGUGGACCUAAGGGCUGUACUGCUUCGCCAACGCCAAUGAUGUCCAGAGCCUGCUCAGAUUCACAGGUGGACCAGCCUGACACUGUGAUGAUCCGAAUAGCAGCAGGUCGCUUGCGUUGGGUGAACCGCACAAGCAGCGAUGCUUUGGCAACUGGCAGGAUACAUCCACAGUGCCAGAGCGGUGCUCAGUUUCGCAGUCAAUUCAUUCGUGCUUCCGACAUGCAGAUGUCAAGCACUCAGAAUUCUGUGCAUGAAUUUGCCCUUCCUCCUCAAAGCUAUGGGCUCUGGGGUUUUGUUGACCAUGGCGCAAAAGGGCAAUAGAUUUCAGAUUUCAGGCUGAAGGCGGCCGUAUCUUAUGUACAGGAUCUUACGAUUCUUACGAGAGUUGUUGUAGGGGCGUCUCAUUUCAGUCAACAGCUCUCACGCACGAGGAAGCAAUUGGGAACAGAG